UAUAAGAAUCGAAGCUGGUGUAAAAAGUUACAGUCUGCAUUGAAUGAGGAACACAUAAUGAAGCUGACUCUGCUGUUAAUCGUUUGCUUUUGCCUUUUUGGGAUGGCCCUGGGCAAUCCAAUUGUGGUAACCAAGCCACCAUUCAUUCGCAGUCGCUAUAGUUUGCGUUGGCGAAAGACAACCACGGUGGUUCCCGAGGCACCCACUGGAUCCUCAAUCAAUAUCGUCACUACCACUGGUCAUCCCAGUUUGGCCUCCUCCACCGCCAAUGUGGACUACGAUUAUUACGGCAAUGGAGAGGUCGAAAACGUCGUGCACAAGUAAACAAGAUAUACCACAAAAUUAAAAUUAAACUUUCAAUUAAAUCAUUUAUUAAUCAGCGCAACAUAAAAAUUCUAACAAUGUAUGAGGACACUACAAUC